AUGUCUACCAACGUCCUCACCAAGGCUGCCGUUCUGGCGCUCGCCGCCAUUGGCUCCGUCUCUGCCGCGCCUCUCGAGGUCCGCGCCCACGAAGACUUCCAGGAAAUGAUGCUCAAGACGACCAACUGGUACCGCUCGCAGCACGGUGCCGAACCUGUUUCGUGGGACCAGGGUCUGGCCGACUAUGCCGUCAACUACGCCAAUACCUGCGCCAAGGGCCACUCGGGCGGCGGCCACGGUGAAAACCUGGCUUGGGGCAGCGGCUGGGCGAACUGGGCCAACCUGUUUGGCAACGAGCGCGUCAAAUUUGACUUCGACAACGGCGAGCCCGGCAGAGAGACUGGUCAUUUCACCCAGCUUGUCUGGAAGAGCACCAGCAGAAUGGGCUGCGGCUGGGCCUGGUGCGACAACUUCGGAGAGCACUUCGUCGUCUGCUCGUACGAGAAGCCCGGCAACUGGGGCGGUCAGGUCCGCCAGAACGUUGGCCACCAGAUCCAGGGCAGCCCUAACGACCAAUUCCCAGGCUAG